ACCAUAACAAACCGGCGCACUUCACCGGCAUCGCUGAAAGCUGUUACAAAAGUGACCAUACUGAGACUAUUCCUGGGAAUUUUUGGAUUCUGAAAAUUUUGAUAAACUGUUUAGAAAUCAGUGGUUCUCGAUGUAACUCAAGAUUGUGAAAAUGUUUGGAACGAGGCGAUUAGCUAAGCGUUCUAUUGUGGGCACGAAAGUGUCAGCAUUAUAUCAAGAUGGCCGUUAUUAUACGGGUGUAAUUCUGUCCCAGAUAGCCGAGGAAGGCAACAAUUCAACCGGUCUUUAUUCGGUCAGAUUUGAAGAUGGUAUUGAAAAAUCCGUCACAUCGAACAAUAUUAUAGGACCCGGAUUCGAUACCAUUAUGGCAAAAACUUUGAAAAUUGGACAGAGAGUGUUUAUCACGAUGAAUGGACGUGAAGUUCGUGGAACGGUCGCCGUUCAUGAUAAAAUAUCGGACGAAGUUAUGAUAAAUAUUGACGAUAUGAAACAAGUGAUUCGAAAAAUCGACGAAAUUCGACUUAUGGAAAGCAGAAAAUCGGCCAGAUUAUCCGACCAAGAUACCGACUAUUCCAAGCUGGCUGACGUCACCGAGCCGAAAAGGAGAACCGUGUCCCACUUUAUCGACGUUCCAGCCAAAAACCCUCACCACCGUGAAAGACAGAAUACAAACGACCUCGAUGAACUCGAUGACGUGGAGAUGGUCGAUGAGUCUGUCGCUGCCAUGGCGCUAACCAACCUGUCUUGUAGCCCAGCUUCUCCAUUACUAGCAACAUCUUUUCCAGACAGAGAUCUUCUCAUGGGGUCACAUUCUUACAGAGACAAUUGUGGCCAUUUAUCCAGCUCCGUAGCCAGUAGUGGCUUCUACAGUGGUGUGUCCGAGGGUAAUGAUCGCUCCCCACCCAUGAACACCCACCUGAGUGAAAGCGCCCCCGAUCGCUUACUAAACUUUGAAGCUUCGCCCACCGAUGACGGCCUGGACCUGGAAGAAGACGUCAAACACUAUUAUUAUGACGACGAUUCGACGCCCCUAAGGAAGAAACAACGAUCUCAGGUUCACACAGAGAUACGAUAUCAGUGUACAUGGCCAAAAUGUAAAACUAUUUAUAACACUGUAAAUGAGAUAGAGAGACAUGUUCGUACAGCUCAUCUUGGGAGAGACAGUGACAGCGAAUUAUCUGAUAAUGAAGAAGAAUUUUAUUUUACGGAAGUUGAAGUUAAUAUUGAUAAUGUGACAGAGAAAUUCUCGUAUAUGACGACAUCAUCCCCUCCCAGUAACUUACAAUUAAUUGAUCCCAAAUCCCUCGGUGUAUUUGAUCAUGAUUACCAAAGAAAGGAACAUCGCCAUAAUAGUGGUAGCCAGGCUUCUUCAGUUCCCUCCCCUGGAUUUCACAUGAAUCCCGGUAUGUCUAGUACACCUAUUCCAAUUAAAGUUAUUGAUGGUAACGUCAAGAGAUCUCUAUCAUGGCAGAACUCACAAAAUUCAUCACCUAAUGCUCUCUCGAUAUCCUCCCCGAUCCGCAGUAAUCGACUUUCUCCUCAAGCGCGUCUGCAACAACAUCAAGCUCAAUCACCAAAAUCUCAUCUCUUCUCCUCCUCACCAAAAUCAAACGCCAUGCAUCGCAAACCUCGCAGCGAGGUGAGAAAAUGCCGGAAAAUUUACGGAAUGGAAAACAGGGAUCAAUGGUGUACCCAAUGUAAAUGGAAGAAAGCCUGCAGUCGUUUCCAAGAUUGAAUAACAUCAUAAGGAAGAUUUUAUUUAAUUAAUUCUUGCAUCUCAGUAAAACAUAAAAGACAUUAUUAAGACCUAGACCUGACUUCAAAGUUGAUUUUAUUUAAUCACUUUUUACAUUUAUGUUAAACAUCAAAAACAUUAUUAUGGCCUAGACCUGACUUGAAUAAUAUGCCAGUAUAUUUCUAAGAUUAAUUUUGUGAUCCAAAUGUGAAGGUCUUUCUAUUAAGGGCACGUUAAGAGUUAUCUCCCUUUUAAUAUAGGGUUAAGCUGUGUUGAAAAACUAUCCUUUUAAAAGGUAACUGUCCAUUAGUACAAUAUGAUACAUCUUAUUCAUCUUGUGUUAUCCACUCCUAAUGUCAUAGCUGUUAGCUGAAUUUUCCUUGAACUAUUUUUAUCUGAACAACACAAACAGAUUUUGAUGUGAUUUGAGUAUAGGCCUAUUUUGUGCUCAAGUUGUGCUUAAGUAUAGGUCUAUGUUAUCCUCAAGUUGUGCUUGAGCAUAGGCCUUUGUCAUGCACCCUUUGUACUGGAGUAUAGAGCUAUGCUCAGUUGUGCUUGAGUCUUCGUCAUGCUCCAGUUGUAUUUGAGUAUAGGCCUAUGUCAUUUUCCAGUUGUGCUGGAGUAAAGGCCUUUGAAUUCGCCAGUUGUGCUUGUGUAUAGGCCUAUGUCAUACUCAAGUUAUGUUUGCUUAGAUUUAUAUGGUUUACAUGUUAAGUUAGUAUUAUUUUAAAAUGUUAUAUUACAUUUUAUAUGAUAAACAAAGAAUUAUGCUGGUUAAGAAAGAACUGGCUCUCGGUUGAGCUCACAGCGUGUUGUGUCAAGACAGGAAACCAUUUCUUCCUAGAGGUGUUGCAGGAAUCAAAUUACCCUCUAGAGGGAUAUGGUGAAUUACACAGUUCCACCUAGGAGGCUUGGCUUAGGAGCAGACCGCUCGAGAAAUUAAACCUAAUUAAAUCUUUAUUAACAGUAAUGUUAAACAGUGUUUUAUAAAGCAAACCCAAUUUGGAAGCAAAGCAGAAUGGGUAAAUUUAAGAGUAACUUCCCUUUCAAUAUACAUGAAGGGUUAAGCUGUUUGCAUAGUGUUGAUUUGAGUUUGAAAUAAGAAAAAACAUCCUUUAAAAAAAACAUGCCAUCUUUGAGAGACAACAGAUUGUACUAAAUGCCUUAGUCCUUUUAAUUAGGACAAAAACCAUCUCAGGUGUUAAAAAUUAAUCAGGCAUAUUUUUUUUUUUUUGUAUCGUAUUCGUAGCCUAAUUCCAGCCAGAGCUUAAAGCGGUAAUUUCAUGUUUUCUAACUCCAAACAUAAUUAUUUAUAUAUUUAUUACUUAAUAGAUUGUCAAAUUUCUACUUUACAAUCAUAGGAAUCAUUCAAGCAUUUACAAAGCAUUCACAUAAAAAUUUGAAAUAUUUUCUAGUCGCACACAGUAGGCCUACAUGGAAAUUGUAUGAUUUUUCCCUGGAAAAUUAACAGGAUCAUUCUUUAAUAAGGUAGGACUGUAUAGAUUCCAUGUAUUUUAAAGUUUUAUUUUAACAUAUUUUAAAUGUAUAAAAAAAUGCAAUUGUCACUUUAAAUUGAUAGAUCAUUGAUAUUUUAAGUCCUGAUGCUAAUGAUCCAAAUCCAUCAUUUGUAUAAAACCACCUUCAUCAUUAUUCUUAAGACAAAUGGCAGUUUUAAAAGGCAAUAACAGAUAGUUUGUGAAAAUACACCCUUUUAAUUUUAAAGAUGCAUUAUGUAAGAGCUAAAUCAGCCUACUACAGGUCUUUUUUAUGGCUUCAAAUGUUAUAUAAAUUAUUAUUUAGACAUUUAGUCACAUGACAAGCUCAUAAUCAAUUCUCUAGACUAUCAGAUGGCAGAGAUUUAAAUGGAUUUAAACA